CGGUUUGAGCUGGGAGCCCCGUUCCCGUGCGGUGGAGCAGGUCCAUCUGCGCUGCACUGAGGGCUCCCUGGAAUGGAUGUACCCAGCACGAGCCCUGCGUGUCGUUCUGGAGCCCAACCUCUCCAGUACACAGCACACCACUGUCUGCAUCAAGCCCGCCAGUGACUUCCAGGGUGCCAGCAUCUACGUGGAACGUGCUGGGCAGCUGCAUCUGGUGGUAAGCGAGGCAGAAGGGGCUCGACCCCACCACGUGUCUUGCUUCAGUGCCCACACACCGCAACGAGUGGCCCUCUUCCUGCAGGCCAGUCCGCAGAGGGACAUCAGCCGCCGGACGGCCAGCUUCCAGUAUGAGCUGCUGAGCAACCAGAGCGCUGCUGCUAUGUGCCGUCCUUGUGACAACGUGGAACUUCUUAUGGCCAUUUGCAGCAGUGAUUUUGUGGUGAAAGGAUCUAUCCGAAAUGUUUCCCACGAUUCAGAGAACCACGUGUCACAGGUUGAUGUCGGCGUCCAGAAAGUCUACAGACAGAAAAACAGAAUUUUCCAGCAGGAUGAAGCGAGUGGGGAAUGGCGAGGCCCUAUACGAACCCUGCUACGAUGCAAGGUGAAGAAGGGAGGUGGAGAUUUCCUUUUUACUGGAAAUGAACAUUUUGGUGAAGCGUGGUUGGGCUGUGCUCCUCGCUUUAAAGAUUUCAUGUUCAUUUACGGGGCUGCCAGGGAAAGCCAACCCCUGCGAGUUUCAGCUCAACUGACCCGAGUGACGCUGGAGUUGAGACUUGAAAAAUUUCAGCCCAGUUUUUGGAUACUGAGUCUGAAGUAG